AUGCCUUCCACUUGUUCGACGGAUGGGAAAGCAUCGAGUCUUACCGACUCGGCCGGCACCAAAACAACCUUCGUUGAGGCCGGACCCAGUCUGCCGUUUUGCGUUCUCCAUCAAUGCUAUGCGUCCUUGCCCAAAGGGGAAAAAGCGUCCAAAGGCUGUUUUCCUCGGUGUCCGGGUGCCAAGGCUCGUUCAGGAGGUUCUCUUGAAGACAUCUUCACCGCCGUAAGCCGGUCAUCCACGUUUUCUGACGAACACCGUGAACACCACCACAAAAAGCGUCAGGAGACCUUGUAUCCCAUUCCAGCCAAACUCCUAUCUCCGAAUGAAGCGGGUGCCUUGGUAGCCUCUGCCAGAUGCCUGAAGGCUGUCCCUUCUGCAAACCGCAACUUCGAAACCAGCAAUACUGCAGCGAUACUGAUAUUAGUGGAAUUCAACUCGCAAGAGCUCAACAAUUCCACCAAGGACACUGCACGUGUCACGCCAACGUACGACUCUUACCGAAAACCAGCAACUCAUUCACCGCCAACAGCCACCAAUAUCACAAAUCACGGCCAGUCAAUCACUACCAAGUUGCAGGCAAAAUUCCUCUACGAAUCUCACCUGCACGGGUAUUAUCGUAUAAGAGCGAUUCGGAAUUGGCACCCUCUCGAAGCAGCGUUCACUCGCGAUCGGGACAAAAUGACGGAGGAUGGGUCCACGAGCCCGUGCAACUGGUUUACGAGAAUCAUCUUUCACCAACUGCUCAUGGACACCCAGGUAGCCGCCGUCAGUCCGAGCCCGGACAUCAGCCUACGAAAGGAUUUCACUCGGGUGGGCAUUCGCAAACCACUUCUGCAACUCCCAUCUCAUCGAAUGAACGGCGCAUCGAAGGUUCUUUACGCAAGCAAACAGGGCGCUUCAGGUCGUCUGAAUGGCGCGUCAAAAAGCUCGCCAAAUGGAAAUAUGCCACUGCUGACAGUCUCAUCUUCUGAAAUGUUUUCCGAGAGUUCGAUAAGUCUGCCACAACCCCAAACAGUGCGAAAACAGGACGCCGCUUACGCCUCACCUCCACAGUCCUCCCAAAGACCGUAUGGACCUGGAUUGUUUGAAGAAAAUCGUAUUAAAUUCGACUACACUAAACCUGCAGGAAUUCCCUAUUUCGGCAAGUUUUACAGACGCAUUACAUGGCUGUUUGGUACUGCCACAAAUUCGUCGACACCCAGCAACGCUGAGUCCAACGGCUCGGUGGCCAUCGGCCGCACUCCCAGACAUCCAGGUCCACAGCCCUCAAAGAACUUCCUACAAGAUUCGAAUGCAAGUCAACCUCCCACGUCAGGAAUUGGGUUUCGCGAAGAUGGUCGAAGGCCACCGAGCCAAAAAGCACCCAAAGACCCUUCGCUGAACGCCAGCUUCAAAUUCCAAUGUGGAGCUGAUCCUCAGAUAGCGCCAGAUCCCCAAGAGGCACCGCCGAGACAACAAGGAGUGCCUCCAGAAAUCAAGAUUCAGGCAAGGAGCAAAACCAGCACGGAUUCGUCGAGCUCAUUUCCCACGGACACUCCGGUUGGCGGCGGCAACGCACUUGAUGACACUUUAAACACAGGUACGUUGACAGAUGAGGAGGAUUCGCGGAACUCAAAUCACCCGUAUGAAAUGAUACUGAACUUUCGGCCGGACGAUGCGACAGUGCCGGGGUUUAAGCUACCAGUUCAAGACAACGGAAAUUUGGAUCAGGUGGGAUUCCAAUCCUUGGCAUCAUUUGAACGCUCAUCAAAUGAUUACGAGCAGCAAAUGAGUGCAGCAAUGAUGAAACCUGGGAAUCUGCCGCCACCUCCAGAAGAUAACUAUGAAGACACACUCUUGGUUCCAAAGGCUCAGCCCAAACCGCCAGGCCAGACAGAACAGAGCUUUGAUCUUACUACAAAGGUUUCUCACCCUGUCGGUAACCUCAUUCACCAGAGGUUGAAAGAACUGACCAUGAGUCUGGGUGUUGAUCCUGCUCCGAGCGAUCGAGAUUACAGAAACAAACCACAGCCCGAUGUUAUUCCUGAAAGUCAACGAUUUGAACGAUGGGACAAAGGCAUUAACCUUCAAUUCGGCAGUCUGACAAAGGAUGAUGUAGUAUCUCCAUCGAGUGUAGAUUACUCCAUGACUCAAAUCACUCCACCAGGAUGGAGAGAAGACGAGGAACCGCUUUACGAAAACGUGUCAGCAAGUAGAACCACCGAGAGUUUGAUUAGCAGACGCGUGCGAGAACUCGGGGGAAAGCAGGUGCACCAUGGACCCCAGAGGGACACUUUAAAGCCCCUUAACGGUCCAAUUGAAGCGAAUCCAAAGGGUGGCCACAUUCAACCCGUACAAAGGGGCCAACUGGUCAGCCAGCGAAUGAAGGAGCUGGCGGCAGCAACUGGUUACUCGCAAUCACCUGUUUCCACGACUCCAGAGCCAUUUGCAAAGGCUUGCAUUGUUGAGAAUGUUUUUGACUAUGCCCGAUGCCUCUGCACACCCUCCAUCCCCCUAUCUGUCACCGAACUCUACACCCGUGUUAUUGGUGGUCUUCCGUUGAAGCUACGGCCGGAUGAAAAACAACUGGAGGAAUACCGGGCGCUUGCAGAAAGGCGUGGACGAAAACAGUCUGUUUUGCCCGUGGCUGAGAAGAUAAUGACCAACAUGAAAGUGAUUGACGGGCGUGUAGACACAAGCACAACUUGCUUGUUUGUUCAAAUUCUUGAGCACAUGCUUAGUAGCAUUAUUCAGGUAGGUGGAAAGAUAAAUUCACUGGCUUCUCAGACUGCUCUUACUUACCGUUCCGAACUCGGAGUGCUUUCGGAAUGCACCAUCUCCUCGACGGAUAUGCAGCAUAUCUUCAGUCUCUUGGGUGCAACAUCGGUCGACGUAAUAAACAAUGACCUGCCCCUAGUGAAACGCAACGCUGACACAUACGAGGGCUGCCUCAAGGAUCUCCAGGCCUUUCUCAAGACCUGCAACCUGUCACUUAAUCUCGUCACUCGCGUUUUCUUUGACCCCCUCUCGAGCAUUCUAGUAGGUCUUAGCGGUGACCCAACGACCGACACUGGGAAAGCCGCUAUCGCCGCCCUCUCAGUGUACCAAAUGAGCAAGAGCCUUGUUGGUGACCUAAAUAUCCUCGCCGAGGUGUCAGACGACAUUUUCGACAGCACUGAUCAUCUUCUCAACUACUGUCUUCAGGAACCCGCAGAGGAGGACCUGUACCAGGGUUUCGCCUACUACGCGGAGGUGCUGUUUUCCGACAACUGUCAUAACUGGCUCGCCGUGUUGUCAGAGUGCCCCAAGGUGUUUGCGUCACUCCGGCGAUGCCAUCGACGGAUGGUGAACGCCAUCUACAAGCAGGUAUCCCUGCGUCACCUUCCUGACCUCGAACUGAAGUUCGCCGACCCCCACACCUGCCAGCUCUGCACCGCCACGGUCCCCGAGCCCAUACACCCACCAUCGCCAUCCACGUCGCACGUUCCCGCGGCAGGUUUGUUUUCACACUCCGUUUUCCGCAAACUCUCCUCCACCAAGGCCCCGGCUGUGUACGCCUCGUCGUCCAGUUCAGGGGAGCGUUCACCGCCCGGCGCGCUGGCCAGCAGAGCCCCACCGCUUGGGCCUGGAGGCGGCGGCAGGUUUAUUCACGGUGGAGGCUCACGCACCUGUAGUCAGAUGGUGAUCGCCUUUCGGUACCUCCUACCGCGGCUGCUUCUGAUGCCUGUCUACCAAAUUCUCUACCUUGCCGACCUACUCGAUGAACUCUGCACCUACUCCCAGCAAAAUCCCCAGGAACAGGCCAUCCUUCGUGACGCCUCGUCGAUGCUCUACAAGACGCGAAAGUCAGUCGUGCACGAGCUGUCUAAUUCGACGGAAGCGACAGCCUGGAUCCACACCCACCUCCCGCGUCUGAGCCUCCUCCUCGAAACACCGCUGUCAACCAAGCCCGCCUUCGUCCUGCCCGCCGAGGCACGGGUUCGUCUCUCCGAAGUCAUCACGGCGGCAAAAAACAACAACGAAGUGGGCCACUGCCGACUAUCGGCUAACGACUACAUCAUGUCCGGGGUCGUCCAGUUGAGGCGGAAUUCCACCAUGGCCGGCCUCUCGGACCGCGUGGCCUACCUUUUCACGGACUGUCUGCUCCUCCUGAAACGCGCCGGUCAGCAACGACGGGUGGGCGGAAACACAUUGACGACCGUCGCCAUGGCGGCAGCUGCGGCCCUAACCAAUCCCUCCUCGUCGACUUCGCCCGGAUCUGGAAGCGGAUUGGUGCUGAAGAAAGGCGUUCCGCUGACACACUUCCACCUCAUCGAUCUGGGGAUGCAGGUUAACCCGGAGAGUGGAGAGGCUGUGUUCAUAUUUGAACUUGAGUACUGGCGUGACGUGACUGUUAUGUCGCGUCACCAGCCAAUGAAGUCGGACCAGCCGAAGGUCCAGCGACAUCAGCCUUUCGCCACCUCCUCCCUACCCAAACAGGGUAGUGCUGUUAGCCUCUCUACCCUGAAUCAAACCCCUGCCUACUGGAUUUCCGGCUCCACCACAACCCUCAAUGCCCUCUCAGGUGAACCCUCCUCCUCCUCCUCCUCUGGCUUCAUCGGUGACACCAUCGCUAAUUCAUCGGGCCCCGCGAAGCGCAUAACAUUUUGCUUAAAAACCGCCGAUGAAAAAGCCGAUUGGCUCGCCACCUUGAUUGGUAUCCAGCGCAAGUGCGUCUUCCAGCGGUAUCUGCGCCAGCUACCAAAACAAGAAAUUCCGCUUAUUCUUCCUGAUCCCCAACAAUACCGUUUUUCCCAACCCGACGCGUCAGACAACAUCCUGUUCGAGCCCCCGCGGACGGACAGUAGCGCGGAGAUCUCGGUGAUCCGCGCCGCCACCGUCGUCAAGCUGGUUGAGCGCGUCACUUCGCACACCUGCUUCGAUAGUGAAACUAUUCGGACGUUUUUGCGGACGUAUCGACGUUACCUCACGGCCGCAGAACUGCUCGAGUUAUUGAUCCAGCGCUUCAAUAUGCCCCGACCCGACUUUGAGGGCGCGCUGCGGGCCUCCCUGGCCGACAACGGCGCCGGCAGUGCCGCCAGCACGAGGUCGUUCUCCGACAUCGCCUCGCUCGUGCCUCGCAUGGAGCUUCGCUUCAAUUCGGCCUACAAGCGGCGCAUUCAGUACAGAGUGCUUAGCUUCAUCAAGAAGUGGAUUCGCAACCCCUCCUACUUCAAAGUCGACUUUGCAGACAAUCCGGAUCUCCAGCGUCGAUUGGAGCAGUUUCUGGCGGGCAUCGGGGCUGUCUCCUCGCUGGCGGAAAACGUCACCGCCAUCAUGCGGUGUCUGCGUGGUGACCGAGCCAAGGUCGUCCAAGUCAUUCCACAGUGUGCUCCUGAAAAACUUGACCUUGGGCUUGCCAUCACCUUCGAUCGAGUGCGACUUACUAAUGUGCAUCCGCUGGAGUUCGCGCGGCAAGUUACGCUCUACGAGUGGGAACUCUACUCUCGGAUAGAAUUCUGCGAGGUCAACGGCAGCGAGAAGAACUGGGGUGUCAAUAUGCGUCGUUCACAGGAAUUCUCCAACAAGUUCCUUAAGUGGCUCAUCUGGAGUAUCGUGUCGUACAGGGCCAUGGAGGACCGGGUGAUCGUGUUGCAGCGCGUGCUGGACCUGCUUUCAAUCUUCGAGGCCCUCGGCAACCUCCAGGGCACACAGGAGGCUAGGGCUGCUCUGCACAGCUCACCCGUUCAUCGACUCUCCGAUACCUUCGACGCACUCUUGGCGAAAUCCCGAUCUCAUCAUCGCUCCCUGGUUGAGUCACUUCGGCCCGCAGGGCAAUCGGAGUACGCACUGCUGGCUUCGUCGGAGGGCUACAUCGACGACUACCAGCACCGCGUGCAUCGCAUCGACCCCCCCGCCGUGCCGUUCAUUGCGGUCGGCGAGCAAACUCGACUGAUCCACCUGGAACUCAGGCUGCCAGACUACGUGCCCGGGGGCACGCAGCAGGACCCGCUCGUCAACUUCUCCAAGUGCCAUCAGAUUGCUGAUUUGAAGGAGCACUAUCUGUCUUUCCAAAACAUACCCUUCAAUCUCCAGCCAGAUCCGGUCAUUCAGCAUGUGGUCUUGUACGACACCGGACUCAAUUACGCUCGCCUAACACCCGCGAUGAAGCAAAAGACUGGACAGGACGUGGACACAACCGUUUACUUCCGAGCUCUACCACGUUGGUGUCGUGUGUGGAGUUUGCGCGAUUUCCUGAAAAAACUAGACCCCCAUGCCCUGGCGGGUGCUGCGGACGAAGCCGAAUUUGAAGAUCUCAUGUUUCAGAAGUCCAUGCGAAUCCAACCCCGCGAGGGAGUCACCGUCGAUUCUCUCAAUCCCCCAUCCGAUGACGCGUACAUGAAUUGUCAGCUGACCGCAACAGAACUGCGCAUCGGGAACCUGUUGAGCACUGCUCCAGUCGACGUCAACACGAAGGCCGACUCAAAGGAGUUUCGCCAGCUCCUAGCCAUAACCUCACUGUCCCCUGACGCGAAAUUUGACUUCACCACGACUGCCAUGCUACCGAGCAGUGUAGGUCGCGGUGGCAGUCUGGGACGCAGUGGCAGAGCCGCUACCCGAGACCACUUGAGCGCGUCGUGUUCACCCUCGUCGACGGAGGGCAGCUGUCGGGUGUCGCCAGCCCCCGCCGAGGUGAGUCCGCCACCGCCCCUCCCACCGAAACCAUCCCCGGUCCCCACUGUGAGGUCCAGUCCACUGUCUCCGGCGUCAGUCGGUGCAGAGGAUGGCGUCGGCGCCUCAGCACCACCCCUUCCGCCUCGUGUCUCAGCCCUAUCCUUGUCCCCCGAUAAAAUGGCUUUCCUUGGCACAGAAUCCAGCACAGAUGCAGAAUUCUCGCCGCACCACACCGACGAGUACUGCUGUCCCCACGCAGGUGGUCAAGUGACCGUCUCCUCCGCUGAGCGUUGGCGCCGUCUACGCAGCAAACACGACGCGAACUCGGAGUCGACCUUCGGCGGUGGAAGACUGCCGCCGCCGCCACCUCCACCACCACCUCCGCCACCCUCGAAGGUGCCACCGCAUAGUGGACCCGCGGCACCUCCAGAUGGUGACCGCCACCAUCCCGGAGUUGCCACCGCGCGCCGGCCUUGGUCCACGCAACCCAGUCUCCCCACCCACCGUGGUGGCCAGCAACGUUGGCGACUACCCACCGCCGCCGCCGCCACCACCACUGCCUCCCAAAAAGUGCCUCUCUUGACACCGCAUCUCACGCCUCCAGCAGCUGUGAAGCAGAGCGUCACGCCUCCGCCCGAGUCUUUCGCCGCACCCACCAAACGCGUCUGCACCACCUAUUUCUAUACACCCCUGCCCCCUCCCCCAAUAAACCCACCUUAA